UCUCACCAGCGACGAAAUUUUCGAUGAAACGGUACCGCUGUAGGUAUUCGCCCUCCCUUCCCUCAGUGGUCGUGGCCAGCAGACACAAAAGCAAGCGUCGCGCGGUACGUGUAACACCUCGCACAUUCACACAUAUCUGUCAGACCGAGCACAUGAUCCGCGAAGUCAACAACUUCAACGCUCUCCAUCUUCAGCUCGACAAGGAGGAAGUACCCUCGAUUCAUCAGACCAUUCUCGACGCCGCCAGAGCGCAGAGGCUUCAGGGUGAUGGAGAGAAACUUCGACUCAUGACUCCCAAGUCCACUUCCGGAGUUCUGCGAGCACGAUGGACAAGAACCGGGAGCAAGAGUCGAGUAGCUGUUGGCGUACAAAACAUUUCAGGGAGGUCUUCCCGAGAGAUGGGCCAUCGCCGCUAUGCUACCACACGUCGAAGAGAUGUUUGAGAUUCCAACGACGUUUCAGGGCGAUGAUGGCGAGAAAAUUCACCAAGGUCAGCCUGAACUCGUUCAACCACCGAUGUGUCAACUGGACCAUGAUCGAACAGGCACGCGAUGAGACGGGUGAAGCCGGAGGCUCGGAUGUGGACAUGCAAGAUGC